AUGGCGGGAGUGAAGGUUGCUGAAGGUGAAAGCUGGAGGCAGUUACUGCAGCCACCGCAGCUGGGGCUGCUUGAAAAUACACUUGAGGACGUGGUGGCUGUGGAGAGCAUUGAAGUGGUUGGUUUGUGGGAAGAGUCUGUCAGUAGCUCCUCUGGUGAUGGGAAGCAGCAGCCAUGGUUCUGGUGGCUGUUAGAGGAUAACUGGGAUGAUGAGGAGGAAGAGGAGGAAGUAAAGGAGACGGAGGUAAAACAAGAACCAAAAGUCUCCGAAAAAAAGAAAAUAGCAGAAAAAAUAAAAGAAAAAGAAAAGCUACAGAAGAAGAAGCAAGAGGAGCUUAAAAAAAGGUUAGAGGCCCCAGAGGAGCAGAAAGAGCUCACACCAGAGGAACAGUUAGCAGACAAGCUACGACUAAAGAAAUUGCAAGAGGAGUCAGACCUGGAGUUAGCAAAAGAAACCUUCGGUGUAAAUAACACUUGUGGAAUAGAUGCCAUGAAUCCCUCCUCGAAAGAUGACUUUACGGAAUUUGGCAAACUACUAAAAGAGAAAAUCACACAGUACGAGAAGUCGUUACAUUACGCCAACUUCUUGGAAGCGUUAGUUCGGGACGUGUGUAUUUCAUUGGAAGUUGAUGAUUUGAAAAAGAUCACAAAUACCUUGACAGUACUAUGCAGUGAAAAACAGAAACAGGAAAAGAAUAAAGCCAAAAAGAAGAAAAAAGGUGUUGUGCCGGGAGGUGGUUUAAAGGCUACGAUGAAGGAUGACCUGGCUGACUACGGAGGAUACGAUGGUGAAUAUGUACAAGACUUUGAAGACUUCAUGUGACAUUUAUUUCCCUUUCUGUUGUUUUUCUGUUGCCCAUAAUCCCUUAAACAUGUAGCACAACUUUUCUUCCUUUAAAUUCUGCCAAAUGCUACAA